GGUGAGGGUCCGGCAGUGCCGCGGCGGAGGCAGGCUGAGCGGCGCCCUGCCGCAGCGAUCCGCCCGCGCGUCCACACGUGCGCGCCGACUCAGCGCGCCGCCGCAACGCGGGCCCUUGCUUAACGCACACAAGAGACAUGGACGCGCUAUCCGAUGACGAUGAUUACACGUGCCGGGAGCCCCAGAUCAGCAGUCUGGUUACAACGAGAGGUGAUGCAGCUGGUGGAGCCGCGGUACAGAGAGUAGGAGCUGCCGUCGCGUGCGCAGUGGAACGAUUCGUAGCCGUGGGGGAAACUAUAGCGGAUGACAACCCAGAUGUUCGGCACAGUAUGGUUCUUGCGUGUAAAGAGGCUCGGUCAGCAGGUCGUGCGAUAGAGCGAGUGUGCAGUGGUACUGAUGGUGCGGGGAUGGUGUCAGCUGCGCGGGCGCUACUUGCAGCUGUCACUAGGGUCCUUCUUUUAGCGGAUAUGGUGGUUGUCAGACAAUUACUAUUGGCCAAGGACAAGGUUGCACGUUCAUUGGAUCGUCUGGAGUCGGUGUCCAACUUUGCAGAGUUUGUACGCGCAUUCACGGAGUUUGGAGGAAGUAUGGUGGAACUUGCACGACUUACGGCGGAGCGGAGAGCAGAUUUAAGAGAUGAGAGGCGGAGGGCGCAGGUAGCAGCAGCAAGGAAUGUACUUGAAAGGUCUACGCUGAUGCUUCUGACGUCAUCUAAGACAUGUUUAAGGCAUCCAGGGAGUGCAUCAGCGCGAGAAAAUCGAGAUACAGUUUUCUGUCAAAUGAGACGAGCUAUGGAUCUAAUACAUUACGUUGUUCGAGACGGACUUCCGGGACAUGAAGAGCAAUCACAAGAGGUAACCUACUCUCGUGAUAAAGAGCAGUUGCAACCUUUCUCGGACAGUCAAGAACAGGCAGCUCAAUGGGAAGCAGGAACGGCGUUAGGUGCUUUAAGGGGGCUGACGACGCAGGUUCGGGCAGCAAGAGCAAGGGGUGGCGCUGACGGAUCACGGAGAAGAGCCCUAGCGGCAACAUUGAGAGCUCUAGUCGAACGCACACACGACUUCACAGACUCCGCCUAUACCUCGCACGAACAUCGACAAAGGAUACUGGCCUUAGCUGAACGAAUAGCCUAUGAGUUGGAGAGAUUAGUGUCUGUUGCUGUCUCGUUAGAGGAACAGAGUGUAAGUGGUACAUUAGCAGCAUUGGAAAGCGCUUGUGCGGGUGCAACCACUGCUGCGGGUGAAUUAGAAAGAGCCUUAGUUGCUGCCGCCAGGGAUCAAGCGAGAGAUUUGGCUUCCCUAGCGGAACAAGCUAGAAAAAUAGCUACAGACCUCGCACACAUAGGUAACCUUCGAAGAAAAAUAGCUAGUUCCUGUGGUGAGAGAGAAUCAGAGAGACUGCACAAUAUAGCAAGCCAGCUUCACGAGCAAUUAGAUCAUAUAAUUGAGGUAUGCAAAUUACUUAGGCAUAUAGCGUUGUCGGAGACUCUUCAAGUUAGUGCUAAGUUCGCUGAAAUAAAUUUAAGGAUAUACGGCCCUCAAGUGGUGACGGCAGCGCGGACUCUCGCUGCCCAUCCGGGCAGUGCCGCGGCAAGAGAAAACCUCGAUGUGUUCGUAGAUAUGUGGGCUUGGCUCCUAGCUGAUGCCGCACGCCUAGCUAAAGAACUUUUAGAUUUAACAGACGAAAGACCCGAUAAACAACAAUAUAGUAGUUUACCUAGACCUGGUAAACACGGCACAACUAGUAAACCCUUAAAAGCAGUUCGUCUAGAUUCGGAUGAGCAAGCGAAAAUUGCCAAAUCGGGUCUUGAAAUGAAAAUGAUGUCCUCUGAAAUGGACGCUGAAACUGAAAAGUGGCAGGGCGCAGAUGAAAAUAAUGACAUCGUGAAAAGAGCUAAGAAUAUGUCUUCCAUGGCCUUCGCUAUGUACCAAUUCACAAAAGGUGAAGGUCGACUUAAUACAACGCAAGAUCUCUUCACCCAAGCAGAAUACUUUGCAGAAGAGGCGAAUAGACUUUAUAAAAUUGUUAGACAGUUUUCAUACCAGGUUCCAGCAGGUACAGCUAAGAAAGAGUUGUUGGAACAUUUGGACAGAGUCCCAACGUACGUACAACAGUUACAAUUUACGGUAAAGGAGCCAACGGUCGGUCGAGCCGCAACUUUCAGCAAAGUCGAUAAUGUUAUUCAAGAAACUAAACACCUCAUGAACGUUAUUAGUAAAGUUGUCACGACCUGCUUCGAUUGCGCGAACAAGGUACCUUUGCCGUGGGAGAAGAGUGUGGGAGUUAAAAGGCACCAGAGUGUUGCACCUUACAAAUUGGACUUCACGGGGCUGUCCGCCGGUGGGGCUGGAGCAAGCCGGACGGCCAGGGACGACGAAGCCGGAGGUGGCGGAGGUACAGAUGCGAAGCCUGGAGGGAGCUCGUCAGAUACGGCCAUGUGACAGUACGGCAUGGGCCGGCGCGGCAAAGGCGACGCGCGCCGGACCAGGGUCAGCUUCCUACUGUUUUAAGCACUUAAACGUCUUAAAACAACUCGUCGCCACUCGGUUCAACAAAGGCAUGUUUAAAAUUACAAACUUAGGUAAAAAUAAUACAAAAACAAAGAUAAAAUGAUAACGUAAGACGUGACAAAAGUGACAAAAAUCACUUUUCACAUGUGUAGUUAGCAACGGGAGCACAAUUCCUUGAGAGUUGAAAUCACUGUAGAACCCAAUGUUUAUUUCACAGUAUUUGCGCUAUGUAUUUUUAACCAAGCCUUGUUCUAAGCAUUAUAUUCAUUAACCUGCGCCUACAGUCUAAUUGAAUUAACUGGUCCGUAAUGGGAUUAUAUCAUCGUGCAAACUGUGUUAUUAAAUAUAAUGCUGUAAACCGAUAAAAAUGUUGAAAAUGUGUUUAAUAAUGUGCAAAUUUUUGCCAUUGUUAUUUGGUUUUCAACAAGUUAAUUUUAAGAUGGAUAGUACGAUAUAGAAAUAAUUUUAAGACCACUUGCGACACACAAGAUCGUUGGUAAUUCGUGAAUAAUGCAGUAAGCCUUCUUAUUGUUAGAGAGCGGACACGCAUAAGGCUGUGGAACUAACAUACCUUAUAAUCGUAAUAUUCUUCUUUCUUGUUCACUGUUCUUAUGUUUCAUAGCGUAGUUCUUCUAAGCAUACACUCGCGUUACGAAUUUUCCAUGGUUAUAAUAAAUGUGAUCGUUAAUUAAGAGUGAAAACGUACAAUAAAUACUUGUUACACUAGAAUAUUGUUACACAAUGUUACAUAAUGAUACAAAGAAGCCUAUUUUUUUUAAUUUUCCCUCUAGCUGACCUAAGUCCAGACCUGUGUAUUAUUCGUUAGGUAGAGAGUUCCUAUUUCUAAGUUUAAUCGACGCUCUAAAUAUGCACCUCUGUGGUCCUGUUGCACCUUUGAGUUACGCACGUUUGCUUUAUGUUUUCGUUGCAUCAGUUUCAACAAGCUACUUCACAAUCACAACACUUCCAUUCCGUGUUACAUGUCUAACUGUAAAUAUAGCAAACGUCAUCGGAUCAACAUUGCAUGAAUGUGAAUCGGAUAAAAUAGAUGUGUGUUGCAUGUGUGUGACAAUGGUUAUGGAUGUCGUACUUCAUCUUAACGGGAAGACGUUUAGGAUAAACAUGAUGGAACUUGACUCUGGUGGUUUCCACCACCACGUCGCCUUGGAACAGAUGUUAUAUAGACCGAAUGAAGGAACGCAUUGGCAAGUUUAAUGUUGCAUGAUCUGUGUUUGCUAAAUGUACAUCGCUCGGCAUGUCGCUCGCAAUAAUAAACAAAAACAUAUCUACUGCUUAUCGGGGGUAAUGUUAUUUAGUGUUUAAGUGACUUCAAGGUUUGCAACUCGGAUAUCACGCUUCGCUAAGUUGCUUAGGCUAGAGUCAAAUGUUGAUUUAUACAUAUCAGCGACUGUAACACCAAUUUUUUUUUAAUCUUUAUACAUUUAUCGACAAAUAUACCUACUAGAUAUAACACCGCAAUAAACAUUAAUCAACGAAAUAUUUAAACAUAUUAUCACAUGAAUAGAACAAUAAAGACAUUGUUUUUUUAAUAAUUUUAAUUUUGAUAUAAACAAUUGCUUUUUAAAAGGCGUGAGUCUGCUGUAUUCCUAUUUUAUAAAACACAAAAGCAAUAAUAUAAAUCUGCAUAUCAAAGUUAUUAUAUAUUUAUUAGGAUAGGAACGUAGAAAUAUUAAAUUCGCUUUUCAGUUAUGUCUUAAAACAUGCCUGUGGUCUACUUCGAUCUGUCUUUCAGGGUCUAUAUAACUCUCGUUUCAUUAUUCUCGAUUUCAAUUUACUUAAUCUAAGAUUAUCUACAUCGAUUUCUAUUUAAUCUUUAAAUCUUCUUAAAAUAUUGUAAGUUAGCUUAAGUUCUUAAAAACGCCUUAAGUUUUAUUCACGAACAAUAUUCGAUUAAUGUAAAGAGCUUUACAAAGCUUUAUCAUAAGAGUUGUGAAUCGAAAUCGUGGCCACGUAACGUUUAGACUCAAGUUUAGUAUAGAAUGCCUUCGAUCUUAAUUAUAAAUCUAAUUUUAUAAGAGUUUUCAUAUAGUUAUUCCGAUAAAGCAAGCUCUAAAUGACGAUUUGUAAGGCUUAUAUUAGGUACAGAUGCUAAGUAUGCAGUUUUACGUACAAAUCACGUUACUUUUCUAAUAUAUUUUUUAAAUACAUGUUUAAGUUUAAACGUAACAAAUACAGUGUACGUUAUUGACAAAUCAUGGCAUUAGGAACUUGCUUAUAACGUUGUAACUAUGUUCAUGACCAAUGUAAUUACCAUAAGCUAGAGAUUUGUAGUGCAGUAGGCUUAUACGGAUCGCAGACAACCUCAUGUUCAAAUUAGAUCGCUCGGUGAAUGACACAUACAAUAGCCGUCGUGCCUCUUAUAGUAGAUAUGGCUAGAUGCAAGCAUCGCCACGCAAUACCUUAAUUGUAUAAAUUUAUGUUCUGUGAACGUACAGAUGUCAAGUUUAGGCUUGUAUUUCGGAAGUGCAGUUGACAGUAUGAAUUUUGUGUAGGUAAUGCAAUAAUAAAUAUACACAUCUGUACGUGUUCAAGAAAAUUAAUGUACAAAUCACAUUACGUACUGCCUAUUGUUAGCAACACUAGAAUAUUAGAUACAUCCUUCAGCUUUUAGACGCGAGGUUUACAUCGGCGAAAAGAAACAAAAAUGUUUACGAACAGAUUUAACUGCGUGGCUGUUAACUUUCAAUGAGAAUAGAUCGUAGGUACGUCGUCAGUAACUUGCGUGAAAAGCCACUUGGCUAAAGGCUGAGAUGUAUCAUAAAGGUAAUAUUACCAUAACCGUGACUUCCAUUGCAUUUAUAACCAGCUAGAUAAGUGACGUAGAUAGCUAUACAGAUUUGUGAUAUUACGAGUUAAUUGAUAUUUAGUACAACGUCCUUUAUCGUUUCAAUAUUUAGAAUAGUGGGACACGAAAUGAACACCAAUAUAAAAUCAUAGUGAUUAGUUAUUAUACAUAUUUGGUAAAUUAAGAUAAUAUAGAGAGCAGCUGUUAGUCAUGAUGCAUGGUUUUUGCUAAUUAUCAAAUUUCUCUUAUUAAAACGAAGAUAUAAAUAGAUAUAUUCUGCGUUGGUCUAUAAAAUGUUUAAAAAAAUAUUUACAAAAUAUCGCACAUUAAUAAAUUAAUUUAUUAAUAUUCUUAAAUAGAAAUUUAAAUAUCUGCUUCGAAUCCCGAUUUUAUAGAUUUCUAGUUUCUGAUAUAUAUUUAAAAUUAGGACUAGUGGGUAAUUGGCUUUCCAUUUAUUUUUUCUAAAGUGUAAACGUUGGUAACCCUGAAGGAAUAAACCCCAGAAACGAAUGUAAAUAUUUAUGAUAGAUCGUUCUCGUCUACGCGUUUUGUGUCGUAUUUAAAUCAACUCAAUAUUUUAAUAAGAGUGGAAAAUUAGGUAUUGUCGAAACUGUUGUGAUUGUUAUCAUAUACAAUGUUGCAUUUUCAUUAAAAUAUAGUAUAUUUUCAAUAGGGCUGCCAAAGUUUAAUAUGAAUAGACGUAGUCACGAUAUUUACGUCAUCAAGAAUUGAGGUUGUAUGUGGAAUAAUGUAUUUUAAUGUUUGAUUAUGAAGUUAUUAUGUGACUGCCAAAAUCGUUUAAGAAAUUAGACAUUAAAAAGAAUUAUACUAAAUUGUCAAAUUACUUAUACUGCGUUGGCAUGUGCAUAACUGUAUUUACUUAUUGAAUAAAAAGUAUUCGUAAUAA